AUGGCUCCUUCGCAAGUCCUCAACUCUGAUACACCUUCGCAGGCGGACACUCCAAUGACGGAUGCAAAUGAAGACGCUGUCACGUCAGUAGCCGUUGAUAAUGUAGACGCGCAAAUGACGGGCUAUCAAGAAACCCCAGACUACACGGUAACUCCGCCUAACCCCGUUGAUAUCGGCAAUUCCGACUCUCUAACUAAGGGAAAUCAGGACUCCGACACGAACCCUAACACAACGGCAAGCAGUGUUGCUGGCGAUGCCGCUCCCAUUGAUGGCCGGAGAAGGAGAUCUGAGGCUUUUCAAAUGAGGAAGAGCAUAUUUGGCAAGAAGCAUGGGCGAUUGGACGAGUCAAAGGAAGACGACUCUAUCCGAAGAUUUCGUUAUCUUCUUGGCCUCACCGAUUUGUUCCGCCACUUCAUCGAAACCAACCCCAACCCCCGAAUUAAGGAGAUCAUGGCAGAGAUUGAUCGACAGAACGCUGAAGAAGACGCCAAGGCUAAAAAGAAGGGAUCUUCGCGCACAGGGGGCGCAGGAAAUGAUAGACGUCGCCGAACCGAACAAGAGGAAGAUGCCGAGCUGCUAAAAGACGAGAAAACUGGUGCCGGAACUGCUACGGUCUUCCGGGAAUCCCCUCCCUUUAUUCAGGGCGAGAUGCGCGAUUACCAGGUUGCAGGAUUGAAUUGGCUGGUCUCCCUACACGAGAACGGCAUUUCAGGUAUCCUGGCUGAUGAAAUGGGUCUGGGUAAGACAUUACAGACCAUUUCCUUCCUUGGUUACUUGCGACAUGUCUGCGAUAUCACUGGGCCUCAUCUUAUCGCGGUCCCCAAGUCCACCCUUGAUAACUGGAGGCGUGAAUUUCACAAAUGGACACCAGAAGUCAAUGUCCUGGUGCUCCAGGGCGACAAGGAGGAACGUCAUAAGCUCAUCAAUGAGCGACUUCUUGACGAAGAUUUCGACGUUUGCGUCACCAGCUACGAGAUGGUUCUCAGAGAGAAGGCGCACCUUAAGAAGUUCGCUUGGGAGUAUAUCAUCAUCGACGAGGCGCAUCGGAUCAAGAAUGAGGAAUCGUCACUAGCCCAGAUCAUUCGUGUAUUCAAUUCGCGCAAUCGGUUGUUGAUCACCGGUACACCCCUCCAGAACAAUUUACAUGAACUUUGGGCUCUAUUGAACUUCCUAUUACCGGAUGUGUUCGGCGACUCGGAAGCUUUCGAUCAAUGGUUCUCCAGUCAGGAUGCCGACCAAGAUACCGUUGUACAGCAGCUACACCGCGUUUUGCGGCCCUUCCUUCUCCGUCGUGUGAAGAGUGACGUUGAAAAAAGCUUGCUGCCAAAGAAAGAAGUCAACCUCUAUGUGCCUAUGUCAGAAAUGCAGGUCAAGUGGUAUCAGAAGAUUCUCGAGAAAGAUAUCGAUGCUGUCAAUGGCGCUGCUGGGAAACGCGAAUCAAAAACGCGUUUGUUAAAUAUCGUCAUGCAACUGCGCAAAUGUUGCAACCAUCCAUAUCUUUUUGAGGGCGCCGAACCCGGUCCUCCUUAUACGACUGACGAGCAUCUCGUGUUUAAUUCCGGCAAAAUGGUCAUUCUGGACAAGCUACUUGCGCGCAUGCAGAAGCAAGGAAGUCGAGUUCUCAUAUUCUCACAGAUGAGUCGUGUGCUCGAUAUUCUGGAAGACUAUUGUGUUUUUAGAGACUACAAAUACUGCCGGAUAGAUGGUACAACGGCGCAUGAAGAUCGGAUCGCCGCCAUUGACGACUACAAUAAGCCGGGUUCAGAGAAAUUCAUCUUCCUUCUUACAACAAGAGCAGGAGGGCUGGGUAUCAACCUGACGACUGCGGACAUUGUCGUUCUUUACGACAGUGAUUGGAAUCCUCAGGCUGAUCUACAAGCGAUGGACCGUGCCCAUCGUAUCGGUCAGACCAAACAAGUGGUGGUCUUUAGAUUCGUUACAGAAAAUGCUAUUGAGGAGAAGGUCCUGGAGCGAGCAGCGCAGAAACUGCGCCUGGAUCAGCUUGUCAUUCAACAAGGCCGUGCUCAGCAACAAGUCAAGAACGCAGCCUCGAAGGAUGAGCUGCUUGGCAUGAUCCAGCACGGAGCCGCAAACGUUUUCAACACAAAAGGUGCGGCUGGCACAUUAGUUAAUGACAAGCAGUUGUCCGAUGAUGAUAUCGAUGCCAUCUUGCGCAAGGGUGAGGAGCGAACUGCUGAACUCAACAAGAAGUACGAGAAGUUGGGUAUCGACGAUCUGCAGAAAUUCAGCUCUGAGAGCGCAUACGAAUGGAACGGCCAGGAUUUCACAGAAAAAAAGAAAGAUAUCGGUAUUAACUGGAUCAACCCAGCAAAGCGCGAGCGAAAGGAACAGUUUUACUCCAUCGAUAAAUACUACCGUCAGGCGCUGGCCACCGGCGGAAGGACGGCGGAAACAAAGCCGAAGGUUCCACGCGCGCCAAAGCAGAUAUCCAUCCACGAUUGGCAAUUCUUUCCCCCGGGUCUCCAAGAACUUCAAGAGAAGGAAACAGCUUAUUUCCACAAAGAAAUUGGGUACAAGGCACAGCUUCCUGAGGGCCCUGAAGAGGAGCUCAGUGAGCGAGAAGCUGAGCGUGACCUGGAGCAGCAAGAAAUUGACAAUGCUGUGCCGUUGACUGAGGAGGAACAGGCGGAAAAGGCCCGGAUGUCCGAAGAGGGUUUUGCGACAUGGAAUCGCCGAGACUUUCAGCAGUUCAUCAACGGGUCUGCCAAGUUCGGCCGUACUGAUUAUGAAGGGAUUGCUACCGAAGUGGACAGCAAAGACGCAGCCGAAGUGGAAGAGUACGCUAAAGUCUUCUGGAAGCGAUACACCGAAAUUCAAGACUACCCCAAGUAUAUCCGUAUUAUCGAGCAGGGUGAAGAGAAGCUGCGGAAAAUGAGCCAUCAACGCAAGAUGCUUCGCAAAAAAAUGGAAAUGUACCGCGUUCCUCUGCAACAGCUCAAGAUCAACUACACAGUGUCUACCACCAACAAGAAGGUUUACACAGAAGAAGAAGACAGGUUCCUUCUUGUGAUGCUGGAUAAGUACGGAGUCGAUGGCGAGGGUCUUUAUGAGAAGAUUCGCGAUGAGAUUCGCGAGUCUCCCCUUUUCCGUUUUGAUUGGUUCUUUCUCAGCCGGACACCGGUCGAGAUCGGCCGUCGCUGCACUACACUAUUGAACACUGUCGCUAAAGAGUUUGAGGUUGGAGCGAAUGGCGAGGCCGGCAAGGGCCGGGGACGUGAUCGCGAAGAAGAGGACGAAGAGAACGAGGAGGUCGGCGCACCAGCCAAGAAGAAGAGCAAAAACGGCGCAGUGAACAAACAGGUCAAGGCCGUCAAAAGUGGCAGCAAAGCAAAUUCCGCGUCAACCUCACGAGCAGCCAGUGUUUCAUCGACUACUGCAUCCAAGUCCAAGAGCAAGAAAAAGUAA